AUGGCCGGCAGGGGACAUGCGUCUGAAAACCCCAAGCUCCCUGAAUCCCUCGCCGCUUCACCCAAAAAGAUCAUCUUCAUUGGCCCCCCUGGUAACGCAAUGCGCUCUCUCGGAGAUAAGAUCUCUUCUACGAUAGUUGCUCAGCACGCGGGGGUUCCCUGCAUUCCGUGGUCGGGCACGGGCGUAGAUGAGGUUAAAAUCGAUGAGGAGGGCAUCGUUACUGUGGAGGACAAUGUUUAUGAUCAAGGAUGCACCCACUCUCCUGAGGACGGUCUCAAGAAGGCUCGAGAGAUUGGCUUCCCAGUUAUGGUUAAAGCCUCCGAGGGUGGUGGUGGUAAGGGUAUCCGCAAGGUCGACAGUGAGGAGAACUUUGAGGCCCUCUACAAUGCCGCUGCUAGCGAAAUUCCUGGGUCUCCUAUCUUCAUCAUGAAGCUUGCUGGAAAUGCUAGACAUCUGGAAGUCCAGCUUCUCGCUGAUCAGUACGGCAACAACAUCUCUCUCUUUGGCCGUGACUGUUCCGUCCAGCGAAGACACCAGAAAAUUAUCGAGGAAGCUCCUGUUACCGUUGCUAAGCAGACUACCUUCCAGGAGAUGGAGAAGGCCGCAGUUCGUCUCGGUCGUCUCGUUGGUUACGUCUCUGCUGGUACCGUGGAAUAUCUCUAUUCCCAUGCCGAUGACAAGUUUUACUUCCUUGAGCUCAACCCUCGUUUGCAAGUCGAGCAUCCUACCACUGAGAUGGUCACUGGCGUCAACCUCCCAGCCGCUCAGCUGCAGAUUGCCAUGGGUCUCCCUCUUCACCGCAUCCGUGACAUUCGUCUCCUUUACGGCGUGGAUCCCAACACCUCCUCUCCUAUCGACUUCGGCUUCUCAAACGAGGAGAGCACUAUGGUCCAGCGUCGUCCUCAACCAAAGGGCCACACUACUGCUUGUCGAAUCACCUCCGAAGAUCCAGGUGAAGGUUUCAAACCCUCUAGCGGUACUAUGCACGAGCUGAACUUCCGAAGUUCCUCCAACGUUUGGGGUUACUUCUCUGUGGGCACCGCGGGCGGUAUCCACAGCUUCUCUGAUUCCCAGUUUGGUCACAUCUUCGCCUACGGAGAGAACCGCUCUGCUUCCAGAAAACACAUGGUUGUUGCACUCAAGGAACUGAGCAUCCGUGGUGACUUUAGGACCACUGUUGAGUACCUCAUUAAACUUCUUGAAACUCCUGCUUUCGAGGAUAACACCAUCACUACUGGAUGGCUGGAUGAGCUUAUCACCAAGAAGCUCACUGCUGAGCGGCCUGAUCCCAUGGUUGCCGUAAUCUGCGGUGCCAUGACCAAGGCUCAUCUUGCCAGUGAAGCCUGCGAGUCUGAAUACCGCAAGGGUAUUGAAAAGGGUCAGGUGCCUGCCAAAGACGUUCUGAGCACCGUGUUCCCAAUUGACUUCAUCUAUGAAGGUUCGCGCUACAAGUUUACGGCCACCCGCUCCAGCAUAGACAGCUACCACCUCUAUAUCAAUGGCAGCAAGUGUACAGUUGGUGUUCGGGCUCUGGCUGACGGUGGUCUUCUUAUUCUUCUUGACGGACGAAGCCACAAUGUUUACUGGAAGGAAGAAGCUGCGGCCACCCGUCUAUCUGUUGAUGGGAAGACCUGUCUCCUUGAGCAAGAAAAUGACCCUACGCAGCUCCGAACACCUAGUCCUGGUAAGCUGGUUAAGUUCACUGUCGAGAACGGUGAGCAUAUCCGUGCUGGCGAGGCUUUCGCCGAAGUCGAGAUCAUGAAGAUGUACAUGCCUUUGAUCGCCCAGGAGGAUGGUGUCGUCCAAUUCAUCAAGCAGCCCGGAGCCACCCUUGAAGCUGGUGAUAUUCUCGGUAUCCUUGCGCUUGACGACCCAUCCCGAGUUAAGCAUGCCUCUCCAUUCACGGGUCAGCUACCUGAGCUUGGUCCACCACAGGUACUCGGUAACAAGCCUCCACAGCGCUUCAUGGUUCUCCUCAAGAUUCUCCAGGACAUCCUUCUCGGAUACGAUAACCAGGUUAUCAUGGGGAGCACCUUGAACGAACUUGUUCAGGUCUUGCGUAACCCUGAACUUCCCUAUGGUGAAUGGAACGCUUAUGCCUCUGCUUUGCACUCUCGUAUGCCCCAGAAACUUGAUGCUCAAAUGACUCAGGUCAUUGACCGUGCAAAGGCUCGCAAGGCAGAUUUCCCAGCUGCCCAGCUUCUCAAGACUGUCACCCGUUUCAUCGAUGAGAAUGUCAAAGCAGCAGCUGAUGCCGAAGCUCUGCGAACCACCAUUGCUCCGCUUCUUCAGAUCAUCGAGCGAUACAAGGACGGACUCAAGGUCCAGGAGUACAAGAUCAUUGUCUCCCUCCUCGAGCAAUACUGGGAAGUUGAGCGUCUGUUCGCUCAGGGAAACACCCGUGAUGAGAGUGUCAUCUUGAAACUCCGUGAUGAGAACAAGGAUGAUAUCUCCAAGGUAAUCCAGAUCGUCCUCUCGCAUAGCAAGAUAGGAUCCAAGAACAACCUCAUUCUCGCAAUCCUUGACAUGUACCGCCCUAACAAGCCUAAUGUCGGCAAUGUUGCAAACUACCUCAAGGCUAUCCUUCGUAAGUUGGCUGAGCUUGAGUCUCGCGCUACUGCCAAGGUUGCUCUCAAGGCUCGUGAGGUGCUUAUUCAGUGUGCCCUGCCAUCUCUUGAGGAGCGAGUUGCUCAGAUGGAGCACAUCUUGCGAUCAUCCGUGAUCGAAUCCAAAUAUGGUGAGACCGGCUGGGAUCACAGAGAACCUGACCUCAAUGUUCUCAAGGAAGUCGUGGAUUCCAAGUAUACCGUCUUUGACGUUCUGCCUCUCUUCUUCGCCCACAAUGAUCAAUGGGUAUCCCUCGCUGCAUUGGAAGUCUAUGUCCGCCGUGCCUAUCGUGCCUAUGCUUUGAAGGGUAUUGAAUAUCACAAUACUGGUGAUGCACCAUUUUUUGUCUCCUGGGAUUUCAUCCUGCGCAAGGUUCCUCACUCUGAAUUUGGGUUGUCUUCUCAAUCAACCACCUCGUCUGUUCCAGGAACACCGAUUUCAGAGAUUAACCCCUUUAAGAAAAUCGGAUCAAUCAGCGACAUGGCCUUCGCCAACAAAGGAUCUGACGAGGCGACUAGAAAGGGUGUCUUGAUUCCAGUUCACUAUCUCGAUGAGGCAGAGGAAGUUCUAUACAAAGCUCUCAGUGUCUUCCCGCGUUCCACUCCCGCCGCAGCCAAGCCAAAGAAGAGCGGUACCUUGCCUGACCGUAGCAGACCUGCGCCACGCUCUGAAUCCGAUGAAGAACUCUCCGGUGUUUGCAACGUGGCUAUACGUGACGUUGAAGAUUUGGAUGACUCUGAGCUGUCUUCGCGUCUCACUGCUCUUGUUAACGAUGCAAAGAGUGAAUUGCUUGCUCGUGGAAUCCGCCGACUCACUUUUGUUUGCGGUCAUGAGGACGGUACUUACCCUGGUUACUUCACUUUCCGUGGUCCUACUUAUGCCGAAGACGUGAGUAUCCGUCACAGCGAGCCAGCACUUGCUUUCCAGCUUGAACUUGGCCGUCUAUCCAAAUUCAAGAUCAAGCCUGUCUUCACCGAAAAUCGUAACUUGCACGUUUAUGAGGCUAUCGGCAAGGGACCAGAACUCAAUGACAAUGCCGUUGACAAGCGCUACUUCACUCGUGCCGUCGUCCGCCCUGGCAGGCUACGUGAUGACAUUCCCACCGCGGAAUAUCUCAUUUCUGAAGCCGACAACUUGAUGACAGAUAUUCUUGACGCCCUUGAGAUCAUUGGCAACAAUAACUCUGAUCUCAACCAUAUCUUUAUCAAUUUCACUCCCGUCUUCCCCUUGCAACCAGUUGAUGUUGAGAAAGCCCUCGCUGGUUUCCUUGAACGUUUCGGUCGUCGUCUCUGGCGUCUACGUGUCACUGGUGCCGAAAUCCGUAUCCUUUGCACCGACCCAGCUACCGGCACACCUUACCCGCUCCGAGUUGUCAUCACCAACACUUCAGGCUAUAUCAUCCAGGUUGAACUUUACGUGGAGCGUAAGUCUGAAAAAGGCGAAUGGAUUUUCCAUUCAAUCGGCGGCACUACCAAGAUUGGAUCCAUGCACUUACGUCCUGUCUCUACCCCUUAUCCUACCAAAGAGUGGCUGCAGCCCAAGCGUUACAAGGCCCAUCUGAUGGGUACUCAAUACGUGUACGAUUUCCCAGAGCUGUUCCGUCAGGCUUUCCAGAACAGCUGGACUACUGCUAUUGCUGCCCAUCCCGCUUUGGCUGAGAAGAGACCUGCGCUUGGAACCUGCAUCGAAUAUUCUGAACUCGUUCUUGAUGACAGGGACAACCUCGCUGAAGUUUCUCGUGAACCAGGCACUAACACCCACGGAAUGGUCGGCUGGUUGAUCACUGCUAAGACCCCAGAAUAUCCUCGUGGACGACGCUUUAUUGUCGUUGCCAACGAUAUCACUUACCAGAUAGGCUCUUUCGGACCACAAGAGGAUAAAUUUUUCUACCAAUGUACAGAAUUGGCCAGAAAGCUGGGCAUUCCUAGAAUCUAUCUUUCUGCUAACUCUGGUGCACGUAUCGGCAUGGCUGAUGAACUCAUGUCUCAGUUCAAUGUUGCUUGGAACAACCCCGACAAACCAGAGAACGGAUUCAAGUAUCUCUACCUCACCCCAGAGGUUGAGAAGCGUCUCGAGAAGGAAAAGAAGAAGGAUCUGAUCACUGAGUUGAUUACCGAGGAUGGUGAAGAGCGCUACAAGAUCACCACUAUCAUUGGAGCUAAGGACGGCCUUGGUGUUGAAUGUCUCCGAGGUUCGGGGUUGAUUGCCGGUGCCACAUCCAAGGCAUACGAGGACAUCUUUACUAUCACUCUUGUUACCUGUCGUUCCGUUGGAAUCGGUGCAUACCUCGUUCGCCUAGGUCAUCGUGCCAUCCAGGUUGAGGGUCAACCCAUCAUCCUUACUGGUGCGCCAGCUAUAAACAAGCUCCUUGGCCGUGAAGUAUAUACCUCCAACUUGCAACUCGGCGGUACCCAAAUCAUGUACAAGAACGGUGUCUCGCACAUGACUGCUAACGAUGACUUUGCUGGUAUCACCAAAAUUGUGGAGUGGAUGUCCUUCGUCCCUGAGAAGAAGGGCGCUCCAAUCCCCAUCCGCCCUUCCUCUGACCCCUGGAACCGAGACAUUACUUAUUGCCCUCCACCCAGGCAGCCCUAUGAUGUCCGUUGGAUCAUUGGGGGUAAGGAAGAUGAUGAAGGAUUCUUGUCUGGUCUAUUCGACAAGGGCUCCUUCGAAGAAGCUCUCGGUGGCUGGGCUAGAACCGUCGUUGUCGGCCGUGCUAGACUCGGUGGUAUCCCUAUGGGUGUUAUUGCUGUCGAAACUCGAUCGGUCGACUGUGUCACCCCUGCCGACCCCGCCAACCCUGAUUCUAUGGAAGUUCUGUCCACAGAAGCUGGAGGGGUCUGGUACCCUAACUCUGCAUUCAAGACUGCGCAAGCCCUCAAGGACUUUAACAACGGUGAGCAGCUACCUGUCAUGAUCCUCGCUAACUGGCGUGGUUUCUCCGGUGGCCAACGUGACAUGUACAACGAGGUUCUUAAAUACGGUUCCUACAUCGUUGAUGCCCUUGUUAAGUACGAGCAGCCAAUCUUCGUCUAUAUUCCACCACACGGUGAACUCCGUGGUGGUUCUUGGGUCGUUAUUGACCCAACUAUCAACCCCGAUCAGAUGGAGAUGUAUGCCGACGUUGAGGCCCGUGGUGGUAUUCUCGAGCCUGAAGGUAUCGUCAACAUCAAAUACCGCCGGGAUAAGCAGCUUGAUACUAUGGCCCGCCUGGAUCCCGAAUAUGGUGCUCUCCGUGAAUCUCUCAAGGACAAGUCUCAUAGCCCAGAGAAGCUUUCUGAAAUCAAGGCCCAGAUGACCGAGCGUGAAGAGAGGCUCCUCCCUGUCUACAUGCAGAUUGCCCUGCAAUUCGCUGACCUUCAUGACCGCGCCGGCCGUAUGGAAGCCAAGGGUACUAUCCGACAACCGCUCGAAUGGAAGAACGCACGUCGCUUCUUCUACUGGCGUCUCCGCCGUCGUCUAAGUGAAGAAAUUAUUCUUAAGCGCAUGGCCGCUGCGACUGUUUCUUCCGCCACUAGCUCUCAAGCCUCAUCCUCCCCUCCCUCAUCUCCCAUCCCAACUCACUCCGACGCUCCAUCCCGAAUCAAUACGUCAACCAUCACCACCCCGCGCACCCAGCGUGACGAGAACCUUGACAAACUCAAGGCCUGGACUGGAAUCUCUGACGAUGAAUUCGAGUCUAACGACCGUGAGGUCGCGAUUUGGUACGAAGAAAACAAGAAGAACGUCUACGAGAAGAUCGAGGCUCUCAAGACCGACGGAAUUGCUGCAGAGGUUGCGUCUUUGCUCAUGGGCAACAAAGAAGGUGGUCUACGGGGUGUACAAAAAGUCCUCAGCAUGCUUCCUGACAAUGAGAAGGCUGCUGUACUGAAAUACUUGGGCUCAUCUUAA